UUCAACACACUUCGUUCAACUUGAUAGCUUCCUGUGGUACCGCCCUUCGGGUGAGUGGAUCUCGCUCUGGGAAGAUUUCUUGGAUUUAGCCAAGUGUCAGCAAAGUCGUGCUAGGGUGUGCUCGCAGACGAGAAGUAUUCAAGAAGGAAUCCCCCAUCUCUGGCGUAACACACUGACCCUGAAGAGGAGUUGAGAGGCUGAGCUACCAGACGACAAACAUUCCUGCAAAGAUGGCGUUGCCAUUCAAGAAAGACCUGGAGAAGUACAAGGACAUAGAUGAGGAUGAGAUCCUCAACAAGCUCUCCGAAGAGGAGCUCAAACAACUGGAAAAUGCUCUGGAGGAAAUGGACCCAGAGAAUGCACUGUUGCCAGCUGGCAUGCGACAGAAAGACCAGACGGGGAAGGAAGCCACAGGACCCUAUAAUAGAGAGCGGCUGCUCAACUAUCUGGAGAAGGAGGCCCUGGAAUAUAAAGAUAGGGACGACGUUCUGCCCUUCACAGGAGAAAGGAAAGGAAAAGCGUAUGUACCCAAGCAGAAGCCCAUGGAAGCCCGACAAGAGGAAGUGACGACCCUUGACCCGGAACUAGAAGAAGCUCUCUCCAGUGCCACAGACACAGAGCUCUGUGACCUAGCAGCUAUCCUUGGGGUUCACACACUCGUGACCAGCACACAGAGCUACGAUGGGACCAGCAGUAAAGACGGUUACAACAACAUCAUCAAGGGGGAAAAAGUCAAGCCUGUUUUUGAUGAGCCGCCCAACCCUACCAACGUAGAAGAGACGCUGCAACGGAUAAAGUCCGAUGACUCCUCUCUGACAGAGGUCAACCUCAACAAUAUCAAGAACAUUCCUAUCCCCACACUGAAGGACUUUGCCAAGGCCAUGGAGAAGAACACGCAUGUGAAGAAGUUCAGCCUGGCUGCCACACGGAGCAACGACCCCAUCGCUGUGGCCUUCAGUGAGAUGCUGCGAGAGAACAAGGGCCUGAAGAGCCUCAACCUGGAGACGAACUUCAUCACCAGUGUCGGUGUUCUGGCUUUAGUUGACGCCAUGAGGGACAACGACACACUCGCAGAGAUCAAAAUUGACAACCAGCGGCAGCAGCUGGGAGCCACCGCUGAGAUGGAGAUCGCCAAGAUGCUGGAGCAGAGCACGAGCAUCAUUAAGUUCGGCUACCACUUCACCCAACAAGGCCCCAGGGCCAGGGCAGGGGCAGCCAUCACCAAGAACAACGACCUGGUGCGGAGGAAACGAAUGGAGAGGGAGUAGAUCUGCUGUGUGCCCACACCGUCCCCCCGUCCGCCUGCCUGCCAAACCCCACUCCUGCCCCCGCUCCCGCUCCUCCGCCCCGUCUCAACUGCACCUCCCCAGUCUUGUGCCAAACCCUCGGAGCAACAAGGCGUCCUCAACAACCAGAGCACCCACCGGGAAGAAGGGAAUUAACUGGAACAGCCCUCUUCUUUUCUUUGCAUUGAAGUCUUUUCUUUGGUUUUUGCUGUUAUUAUUAUGUGUUAUAUAUUAUUCCAGCUGUGAUCUUAUUUUUAUUUUUUUUUCCCUUUUUAUUUUUUCUCUUUCUCGAGUCAUUCCAUUUGUUUUUCAUCAUUUUGUUGUCUUGCUUGUGUAAGACUUUUGGAUUGUUAAUAUGUCUUGUUUAUUUUCUUGUUGUUUUUUUUUGUACUUUGCUGAAAGCUAGGACGAGAUGAGUACAUCUGGCAGGACUGUAGAAAAACCCUUCAUAGCCAUCAGUGCAUGUGUCUAGCUCCAUAGAGCCAACACUUGAAACUGGUUUUAACAAAGUGUAGAGAGAAUAUGCAUCGUCCCACCCAGGCCAGGUGAUGACUGAACCACUGAGGUCCACUUCUAAAAGCUGAUCUCUGACAACCCUCUCAGGCUUCACUGCAAGAGCUGGGAAAUUGGAAGCAACUUCUUAAAAGGCGCUUUGAAAGGUUGUUGAAUGUUUGGAUGAGAGCUGGCAGGGCUCUGUUGCUGAUUGGGUGGUGAGAUCGAAGUCUGAGGUCUUCUGAGUGUCUGUGCUGGUCUUGGUAUCUGAAGUCUGGCACAUGAGCUUGGACUGCUUCAUCUUCUGUGUUACGCAGUGCAGCUCUGGGUGGCGGGCAGCAAGGCAGAAGUUGUUGUCAGUGAAGGCGGACUGUGACAGUCAGAAACCUAAGCUUGACUCAACAUCUGUUCUGAAGUCUGCUGGUUCAAUACCGCCAAGACCACCAUACUGGUGUCAGUACUGAACAAACCAUCACUGCUCGCUGCCCCACCUGAUGCAUUUAUGUGAGGUGUCACGUGUGGAUAAGAGCACAAUAGCUUUCAGUGUGUGUGUGUGUGUGUGUGUGAGAGGGAGAUUGUGUGUGUGUGUGUGUGU